ACCCCCAACGUUGGGAAGACCACGGCCAACCUUGACACUGGAGUCCAAGUGGGCGUUGACGUCCGCGAGGGGCGCGAGCGGCGCGGCGGACGUGAAGCCAGCGAGGGCGAGGACGGCGAGGGCGGUGAAGGACUUGAAGGAGAGCAUGACGAAAAGAAGGUAGGGUAGUUGGAGAACUGUGAGGGGGCUGGUGGUCGUUGGGAGACGAGGAUGCCGAGGCCGGUGGGGAAAGCAGAGGACGGGGCCCAGCUUUUAUACGCCCUCGCAUUUGAAACGCGCGCGGACGCACGAGGCGGUGGCGAGGCGCGGGCUGCAGGGUUCAGAGGCGUGGACCGAUGGCCGCGAGCAGGAUCAGUGAGCCGCCGGAACAACUUACGGAGCUGGGGAAGUCAAUUGAUGAACGCAUGUUGCCAUGACGCGCAAUUAAGCCAAGGCUAUUGGUCGAGAGCGCGCGCGUCCUUUGCACGCAGGAAGUGGUCUGCUUGCCAGCCUAUGCGUGCACGUCUGGACGAGUGCUGGUCCAAUGAGAAAGACCACAUACGGCGAGUAGAUUGUCUUCGCAAUUCGAGGUUGAGGCUCAACGGAGCGCCGAGUCGAAGACGACAAACCCACAAGCGAGCAUCCUGUUCACCAAGCUCAAUGGAAGUUGAUCGAGGCGCAAGAUGACAUAUAAUUGCAUCAAAGCCCUCCCUUCCGCGUGCCACGAGUCAUCACCCGGGGAGACGGAGGAAAUCACGCGCCUGGUUGGAGAAGUAUCGUUGGUUCGAGUUCGACCACCCACUGGCAGGCGAGCCACUGGCAAAGAGGGUCGUGC